AUGCUUAAUUUGUACAAAUUUUGCAAUUCUGUUCCGUCAACUCUGCGAAAACCUUACUUUUUAUGCCUUUGCAAUAUCUGGACUCACUUUAUAAAUGAAAAGGAAACACAUUAUCUAUUGGGGGAUUUUGUAGCACUCACAUGUGAUCAGAUAAAAGAAUUCAUGAGACAUUUGGAAAAUAAAAGUGCGAUCAGGACUGGCCUGCUCGCCUCCAGAGACAAUGCAUUGCACAAAAGCACUCUUUGUACCUAUUCUAUAUCGUUGAGAAGGGACUGUAGAUGGUGCUUACCUCGCAAAGCUUGCACCGAAGAAAAAUCUUCCACAAGUAUAUGUGGAGUGGUGAUUGAAGAAAAAUGCAAAAUUUUAGAACAAACUUAUUGUUAUGCAUAUUUUUGGUCUACUUCAAAAGAAUUUGCACUAAGAGAAAGAAGUUCCUCUUUGUCCCUAUUACUAUGCACCAUCAAAUCGCAACAAAACGCAAUAAAGGCGGAAAAACCUCUUUCUCUGAUUCCUGUCAAAUUACAGGUGUGUAAGAAUAGCUUUGAGAAUGAAAAAGAACGCUUUCUACACUCGUUAAGUAAACUUUGUUUCAUGCAGUAA